AUGUCAGCUACGGAAAAAGUUCCCAGUGGACACCAUAUCCUUGUCUUCGACAACGUGGUCACCAAUAUUGGGAAUGGAUACAAUGGAGUUGACGGUAUCUUUACUGCCCCAAAAGAUGGAGUUUACGUUUUUAUUUGGGUUAUAAGAUUAUAUGAAGCUCAACAUUCUACGCAACUCAUGAUCAACAAUGUUGAGUUUGGAUCAACUCACCUACGCGCUAUGAAUAAUGAUGAUGGAUCUGUGAGCGGAAACGUUGUUGCGCAUGUCAACAAAGGGGAUGUUGUGUUCGUCCGUGUGUAUCCUUAUAAUGGAUACACUGGUAGCGGCGAUAUCAUCAGCAAUAUACAUGGAAAACCGUCAUUUUCCGGGUGGUUUCUCCAACAGACUCUGACUGAUUUUUAA